AUGGGAGAAUCGGUUAGUCCUUGCUGGUUGCCACACCGUCCAUGUGACCCGGCCACGGCCCUAUCGGGUAACGGAUCCACGAAUAUUCGUGAUAAGCUAUCACCCAAGGAGGUGUGUCUGAUUCACGAUCCGAAUCAUUUGCAAAUUGGUGCACCGAUGGCGCUGCCCAAAGAAACGUGUGCGCGAGCAGAUGACGAACUGCCCGGUGGGUCAUACGAUUGA